UUUACUAUUUGUGUUAAUUGUACAGAAUAUCAGUUAUGCAUGUUAUGAAUAAUUAUAAUGUGAAAUAUCCAUGAAAUAUGUCACUUAAUGUUAGUUAGGGGUUGUCAGUUUACUCAAUGAUAGAAAAGGAAAAUGUUGGGAACCACUGGACUAAAACAAAUAAAAUGCAGUCAUUAUACCAGGUACCACCUUGUGGCGAAACAAAGAACAACACCUUAACAAACAUGAAAGUGGGGGCACUUUUAAGAGUGAAGUAUUUUGGGGUUUGCUGUUUUGCGAAUUUUGUGAAUAUGGUUGAUAACUUCAGGCUGUGCUUACUGAGCUAGUUCUGCAGUGCAAUUCAUCUAAUGAGAUUGAAUUGAAUUCAAAUCAAGCCAAGUAAAGUGAAGUUUAUCUAUACAGCCCAAAUUCAGAGGCUGUCCUACAGGGCUUAACAAUCUGUAUAGCAUAUGAUUUGGACUUUUAAAGUUAAUGUUCUGUUACCUGAGUAUCUGAUUUGAGCUUUUCUCUGCCAUCAGAUUCCUGUCGUCAUCGAGGAAUAGGUGGAUCGGUCAGAGAUGAUUCCUCAUGAAGUCUAUAGAGCUCAUUUUGUGAGCUGGAGUGACUCCAUCUUCUCUGGUCUGAGACCUGGAGCUGUCUAGCAGUGAACACAAAGAGAGCCAGAGCCACACAUCAGGCAGAAAGGCUGCACAUAGCCAUUGAGUGGAGGAGAUAGAGAGAAAGACAGACCCAGAAGAAUUAGUAAGUUAUUUAAAACCACACUGGCACAAUGAAAUCCAACCUAGAGCGGAGUAAUGGAUGCCUGCCUCCUAAGAAGCGUGAGAUCCUGGCUCUUGAGCAGAGGCCAGUGGUGGUAGCCACAGCAACACCUCCAGCUCCAGUGCUUGCUGACAGCCCCCACACAGAGAACCUAGCAUGGCUGGCAAGUGUAGCCAGUGAACGCUGCAAAUCCAGGGAUGCAGAGAGCCCGAGAUGUCCUAUUUCCUCCACUUCCUACUCUUCUCCUUCCACUUCUAUCACUUCCUCAGCCACUCCUCUGUCCCUCGCCUCUCUGCCUGCAGUUUACCCCACAGCCCUUCCCCAGCAGGCCGGGACCAUCCAGUUUGCACAGCUGGGACCCAACGUUCAGUUCAUUAGCUCUGGGCCCUACGCCGGCUACAUCUCCUCUCACAUCAUCUCCGCCAAUGCUGGCUCUGCACAUAACAGCUCUGUAAUAGGACAGCGUCACCAGCUGGAUGGUUACACCACCGCCCUCAUCUCCCCAAACACCAAAGGGGAGCAGCAGUUUCAAAUAGGCCUCUCGCCCUCAGAUCUGACUCCUGUGUCGCAUCCAAGCUCUCCCCAAGUCACCAGCCAGUAUAUUCAUCUGGACAGCAGAACACCUCUGUCUGUCGGUGGAAAUGCCCUCUCUUCACAGUCGGCCCACCUCCAGCUCCACCCUCACUCACUCCCUCAAACGCUCACCCUCGCUCCCUCCCAGCUGUUAGUUCAGUAUGCAGAUGGUUCAAUUGGAAAGAAACCAGAGGGGCUUGUCAAGGGUCUGCUGAAUGGGGAACUGGAGAUGGUCAAGCAGACUAAAACCUCCAGUCAUCAUGUGAACCAUCAGCAGGUCCAGAGCUAUGAGGCGAGACAUAUCCUCCUGCCUGCAGACUACGGCCAAAACCCUGCAGGACUCCAGACCUCCUUGGUGCUGGUGGCCCAGCCCAACCACGGAGCUGAACGUGAAACUGGCUCAAAUAAGAUCUCCUUUGUCCAGACGGAGAAAGGAGGCAUUUUUUUGGGGAAACCCGUGUCCAGAUCUUCUUCUUUCACCUCCCUCUCUUCCUCAGAUUUGGUUAAGUCUGUUGCUCCUCAUACUGUCAUCCAGACCACUCUACCCCACGAGGAGCUGUCAGCCAAUCUGUACUCCUCCACACAGCCACCCAUCAUUGGCUAUAUCACCAGUGCAAAUCAGCACGCUGUCAGCUACCAUGCGGCGCUGCCUCAGCACCUGGUCAUCCCUAGCGGCCAGUCCCUCUUCAUUCCGGUCAGUGGUACCAAUAACGGCACAGAAAUGGAGGUUAGUCGUACUGUCAGCACCCUGCCUGCUACAACUACCCCUCAAAUAUCCACCGCCAUGCCGCAUGCCUAUCUGGCCACAGCCCUGUCCAAGUGUGAGGCGCUUGGGCCAGAUGUAACUCAACCACCCCCUGCUGUCGCUCUGGCACCAUCGAUGCCAGUCCUGCCCUCAAUCCCGACUCCUGCAGUGGUGUCAGCACCCUCCCCAACUCCUGCUCCUGUACCCAGUCCCGCUCCUGUUUCCAUCCAAGCCUCCCACUCUGUCUCCUCUUCCUCUUCCCAUGUGCCGCUUCCUCCAUUCUUCAUGCGAGGAUCCAUCAUCCAGCUGGCCGAUGGAGAGCUGAAGCGCGUGGAGGAUCUCAAGACGGAGGACUUCAUCCAGAGUGCUGAGAUUAGCAGUGAGCUGAAGAUUGACUCCAGCACUGUUGAGCGUAUUGACAAUGGGCAGAGUCCUAAUGCUGUGGUCAUACAGUUUUCUGUGGGAGAGCUCAAAGCCCAGGUGUGUGUGGAGGUGCUGGUGGAGUAUCCCUUCUUUGUAUUUGGCCAGGGCUGGUCGUCCUGCUGCCCAGACAGAACCACCCAGCUGUUUGAGCUAUCUUGCGCUAAGCUGUGUGUGGGUGAUGUAUGCGUGUCGCUGACCCUCCGUGGCUUGAGGACCACUUUACUAACAGACAGCCCGGCUUUGGGGACCAAGCUGAAGACUGGUCACCUCUCUGACUCCUGUCACAAUGUGGAUGCCACUGUAAGAAACAGCAUGAGUCCAAACGCCGCAGUCAGAAACAGUGGCCUCCUCAUGAAGGCUUCCAGUGCAGACAGGCUGGAGAGGGAGCAGGUUACUGGACCAGGACUAGAGCUUCCACCAGGAUUGGGACCAGUUCCAGUACCAGACGAGGGGAUCUAUGGAGCUGGACCAACGCUGGCAGUCUGUGGGACUGGAGAAGUAAGACAGGAAUCAGUGAAAACAGACAUGCCUGCUCUUACCAAAAUACAAUGUAGUGAUCCAGAGAGGCCCACAGCCCGCAAGAGACGCUGGUCAGCUCCAGAGCGAGACCAGACUGAGAAAGCUGAGGAGGAGCCUCCUCUGACUCUCCCCAAACCCUCCUUCAUCCCUCAGGAGGUUAAAAUCAGCAUAGAGGGGCACUCCCGUACUGGCAUUGAAAGGUGCUUAAACAAAAGAAUAGACUGUUGAGAGAACUUUAAGGAAUUUUGAUUACCUGUGGUUUUCUUUGUGUUCAUCCCUUCUCUUUCCUGUCUAUCCAGACUACUGUAAUAUAGGCUGAGUUUACACAGUA